AUGUGGCAAACAAAACACCGUAAAAAUCUAUUUAAUUUUGAUACCGAUACUAAUAAUCAUCUCGAACGAUUUAACCGAAAACUUAAAGAUUAUAUAUCAUGUAAAAUGCACAUAUCUGAAUGCGUUACAAAAUUCAUUUUACUUGUUGAAGAUAUUCAAGCUGAAGAAAUGAAUUUAAAUAUUAGUUUGAAACAAAAGAUUUACAAUACUGAUGAUUCAAUAUUAGUUAAGAGAUUUGGCUCACAAAUGACAAACAAAGCUAUUGAAUUAUUACGUAAACAAAAUGAAGAAAUAAAACUUAAACAUUAUUUUAUUGAAGAAAUUGAAGAUAAUAGAUGGGAAAUCAGCCGAAAAGGCGAAGAAAAAAAGCAUUUUAUUACUUCAAGUGUAAUUUAUCGCGAUUCAUACGAAGGCUUAUUAUUUUGUGAUUGUCAAUUUUAUUUACAAAAUCAGUUACCGUGUCGUCAUAUGAUAGUCUUGCUUAAUAUAAUUAACGAUGAGAUAUAUGAUCAAACAUAUGAAAUACAACAAAUUAUCUCACUUAACAAGCGAUGGUUAAAAAAUUCAGUUGAUUAUUAUUUAAAUGAAAUCAAUCAUAAUGAUAAUAUACAAAGUUGUGAUUCGCAAUUUAUAGUCACUCAGAUUACAGCUCGAAAAAAUAAAAUUUUAAAUAGUAAUGACGAGUAA